AUGAUUGGAAAUCAACAAACCAAUCCCGUCCCGAAUGAAGAAGAUCAUCAUCAAGAUAUAAUUUCUGUGGUCGGCGAAGACAAUACCACACAACAUCGUGAAAAAGCAACAACUUUUCAAUCCGAUGAUCUCACCAGACCCAUGCUCUCACAUCAGCUUCCAAAACCCUCUCCGUUCCCUUCGUCGAGGAAGAGUUCCAUCUUUACUUCAAACAGUUAUUACUCAACGAAAGGCAGCACUUCCACAUCGGAUAAAGGCAAAUCCAAUCUGUGUCGUUGUGAAUGCCCGAAAGGAGUCAGAAUUGUACAUUGCUUGUUGAUUGUGUUUAUUGUGCAAGGGGUUUUAGGUUUAUUGACGAGUAUAUUGUUGCUGUACACGAGUGGAAAUCAGACCUUGUCACGUGUGUCUCAAAAUCAGGCAUUUCAAACGCAAUUAUUCGUGAAUAUUCAUGUUUCAACAAUUAUUGAUACUUCUGAGAGCGUGUUGCAACAAAUAUACUUGGAGUUGGAUUCUGGUUUGGAUGUUUACAAUUUCACCUCAUGGGUCUUACUUUUCAAAUAUAUUCGGGGUUUGUACGUUCCCAGCACUCCGUUAAGCAUUCUGCAAUUAGGUACUUUUAACGAUCAUUAUAUCGGAGUCAAUGACAUUAAUCAAACCUUUUCUGUUUUGGAGUUUCUUAAUAACACCAACACCUUGUAUCGAUAUCACAACCAUGAGAACGAUUUACGUUCAGAUCCUCUUGUAGCAUCCAAUCUACUAAGCACGUCCUAUUUUCCAUAUUUGCCAACAGACAGACCUUGGUUUAGAGCAUUUCAAGAAAAUGCAAAGGAUACUGUUUCACCUCGGUGGUCAGAAAUCUUUUUUUCGGUGUAUGGUAAACCGAGUAUUAACUUGGCCUUUCCAAUUUACAUAAAGGCAAAUACCACUGCGGUGCGUUUGGGUCUCUCUCAAUUGACACCCAACAAUUCCAUGCUGUGUCGUGAUAAAUCGUGCUACACAUACGACCAUUUAUAUGGAGUGGUGGGAAUCUUGUUUUCAUUGGAAGGAUUGGGGAAUUUUUUGAAUUCAACCUUGCAACAAUAUCCUAACCUUAAUUAUUGCUUCAUCAUGGAUCCAAAUGGAGUAAUUAUUGCCUCCAGUAAGGGUGACACUCAAAACAAUACGACUCAAGAAUUGGUGGAUGUGAACAGGGAAAUUUUGGCAUACGCUCAACACAUUAUGCGAAAUAAUAUGACCAACGCCAAGUCAGACACUUUCUUCCUGAAUGGAAAGAACAUAUUUGUUUCCACCAUUACCGACAAAUAUAACCUAAUGUGGAGAGUAGUGAUUGUGUAUAAUCAGUCCGAUUUUGUGACAGAGUUAUUCGCAAGUGGAAUUACAUCUCUUGUCGUGUAUAUCAUUAUCAUGGUCGGUGGUACCUUGCUAUUGUUUAUUCUCGUUCAGGCAAUGAAUAACCCACUGAGAAAUGUGAAAAAAAAGCUAGACAAACUUGUCAAGUUGAAAAACAUGAACGAAUCAGAAGAGGAGAAACGCAGUGUAUUUUCUGACAUUUCAGCACUGGAACAAAGCAUCUCAUCUCUCCGUAGAGGUAUCAAUACGUUCAGCAAAUAUGUACAUCAGAAUUUCAUGAAACGAGUGCUUAGUGGUCAAUAUUUUGCAGAAAUUGGCAUGGACGUGCAAAAUAUGACCAUUCUCUGUUCUGACCUUGUAAGCUUUACUGAACUCGCUGAGAGUACAGACAGUGAAAUAUUACUAAGCGUCAUGACCGAAUAUUUUUCUGCCAUGACGACAACUUUGGAACAUCACCACGGCUUCAUUGAGAAGUAUGUUGGUGAUGGCAUUCGAGCGUUGUGGAGCAGCAAUACACAUAAUGGACUUCUCGCGAGAGUGGAACAGCAUGAAAUUAGAGCUUGCAGAGCAGUGACAGAAAUGUUAGAGGUCUUCCAUGAUCUGAACAAAGCUUGGAAAGAGAAAGGUUAUCCUCAACUCGACAUGCGAGUGGGAAUUAAUAGCGGUGAGGUUUAUUGUGGUUCCAUGGGUUGUUUGAGUAGAUUGAGUUUUGGAGUGAUUGGCGUCAAUGUAAAUAUUGCUUCCAAGCUAGAACGAUUGAAUCGAGAAUACUCAACCACGGUAUUGAUUGGAGAAAGUACUUAUAACCAUGUGAAAGAUCAUUUUGUUUGCAACUAUGUCGAUAAUAUGGAAAUUAGUGGAAAAAGCAUUGCAUUCUACAGCUUGGAAUGUAGUAAUAAGGAAGCUACUGAUUUACAAAUCAAAAUUUCUCGUGACUUUCUGCUCAUUCAACGCUAUUCUAGGGAGGGUGAUUAUGCCUCUGUCAUUCGAGUGUGUCAAAAUAUUCUCAAUUUACAAGAUUCACCUGUAGCAAUGCUCAUGCUCUCCAAAGCCAAAGCAAAGCUUUUCAAACCCAAAACUGAAUAA